GCGGCCACUGCAGCUCGGGGCGGCGCGCGCGGCGGCCGGGGCGGGACGCGGGCCCGGGCGCGCGGAGGCCGGGGCGGGACGCGGGGAGGCCGCGGCGCGGACGCGGGCCGGGCGCCCACCGGGGCCCGCGGGGCAUGGGGCGCUCUGCCCUCGCCUGAGGCCGGAGGCCGGCCUGGCCGCCCGGCAACUGGCCCUGCACGCGCCCCGCGCCCGCCUGCCCCGCGGAGGGAGCGCAGAGCGCCGCGGGCUCGCGGGACGCGUCGCGGACUGAGGCCGCGUAGCGCUGGAGAUGUCCUGUCCGCGCCGCCUGCUGCUCAGCUACCUGUUCCCGGCCCUCCUGCUGCACGGGCUGGGAGAGGGUUCUGCCCUCCUUCACCCGGACAGCAGAUCCCAUCCUCGGUCCUUAGAGAAAAGUGCCUGGAGGGCCUUCAAGGAGUCACAGUGCCACCACAUGCUCAAACACCUCCACAAUGGGGCGCGGAUCACUGUGCAGAUGCCACCCACGGUCGAGGGCCACUGGGUCUCCACAGGCUGCGAAGUACGGUCGGGGCCCGAGUUCAUCACCAGGUCCUACAGGUUCUACCAUAACAACACCUUCAAGGCUUACCAGUUUUACUAUGGCAGCAACCGGUGCACGAAUCCCACCUACACCCUCGUCAUCCGGGGCAAGAUCCGCCUGCACCAGGCCUCCUGGAUCAUCCGCGGAGGCACCGAGGCCGACUACCAGCUGCACAGCGUCCAGGUCAUCUGCCACACGGAGGCAGUGGCCGAGCAGCUCAGCCAGCUGGUGAACCGCACGUGCCCAGGCUUCCUGGCCGCCGGCAGCCCGUGGGCGCAGGACGUGGCCUAUGACCUGUGGCGGGAGGAGAGCGGCUGCGAGUGCGCCAGGGCCGUGAACUUUGCCAUGCACGAGCUGCAGCUCAUCCGCGUGGAGAAGCAGUACCUACACCAGAACCUGGACCACCUGGUGCAGGAGCUCUUCCUCGGGGACAUCCACACCGACGCUGCCCAGCGGGUGUUCUACCGGCCGUCCAGUUACCAGCCGCCCCUGCAGAACGCCAAGAACCACGACCACGCCUGCAUGGCCUGUCGGAUCAUCUACCGGUCGGACGAGCACCACCCUCCCAUCCUGCCCCCGAAGGCGGAGCUGACCAUCGGGCUGCACGGGGAGUGGGUGAGCCAGCGCUGCGAGGUGCGGCCCGAGGUCCUCUUCCUCACCCGCCACUUCAUCUUCCAUGACAACAACCACACCUGGGAGGGACACUACUACCACUACUCGGACCCCGUGUGCAAGCACCCCACCUUCACCAUCUACGCCCGCGGCCGCUACAGCCGCGGCGUCCUGUCCUCCAGGGUCCUGGGAGGCACGGAGUUCGUGUUCAAAGUGAAUCACAUGAAGGUGACCCCCAUGGAUGCGGCCACAGCCUCCCUCCUCAACGUCUUCAACGGGAACGAGUGUGGCGCCGAGGGCUCCUGGCAGGUGGGCAUCCAGCAGGACGUGACACACACCAACGGCUGCGUGGCCCUGGGCAUCAAGCUACCUCACACGGAGUACGAGAUCUUCAAGAUGGAGCAGGAUGCCCGGGGGCGCUACCUGCUCUUCAACGGCCAGAGGCCCAGCGACGGGUCCAGCCCAGACAGGCCGGAGAAGAGGGCCACCUCCUACCAGAUGCCGCUGGUCCAGUGUGCCUCCUCCUCACCCAGAGCAGAGGACUUGCCCGAAGACAGUCGCAGCCACCCGCGCGGCCGGGCACCGGGCACUGCAGCCUGGCCGCCGCCGCUGGCCGCCCUCGCUGCCCUCUGGACUCUGCAUUGGAACGUCCUCAGAUAGAAGUCUUUAGAAGGUUGUAUUUUUUCUAAACCAGGAUUUCUUACCAUUUACAGAUCUUCUUUGCAACAAAGGAAGGACAUUGAUUCGGAUGCACUUGAAAGCUGAGGCCGUUGCCCCCGCCCGCCCUCCCUGCAGCCCAGAGUCCUGAGCCGCUCGUUUGAUGUUUCUGCUUUGAACUCGGGCCAGCCUGGUCCCGGCCUCAGCGGCCGCACAGCGGGCCUGCAGUUCAAGUCUGCAGGCAGCCGCGGCCUGGGCUGGUGUGUUGCAGGACAGAGGGACAGCUCCCCGUCCUUACUCUUCUGAGUCGAGCGUGGAGGAAGCAGCUGGUGGGCUCCAGGGUCUCCUGCCCUUUUGCCAUGGCUGUUCCCGCCCUCCUUGGGGACAGAUUUCCUCUGUGUUUCUGUGCUGGCGAGUUGGUUUGGACUGCGAUGCAUCUUCUCGUGUCCAUAAAGAAGAGAUGCGUUGUGGAUGUGCACGUAGGACAGCCUGCCAGGGUCAGCUAAACCGCCGCUCAUGCGGAGCUUGUGCAAAAAGAGAAGCACGGUGUGUGGAGCUGUGGAGUGGGCAAAAUCUGUAUUAAAGUUCUGACGUAAUUUAAACCAUUUGUGCAUCACGGUUU